AUGAUCACAAACACAAAUACAGAUAAGAUAGAUAAAGAAGAUAAUAAUGUAAUUAUAGUUGAUAAAACUAAAUACUUACAAGAUGGAAUCGUGGUGAUCAAAUUAAAUAGAGAAAAGAAUGCUCGAAAUGCUGUUGAUCGAGAGACUGCCGAUCGAUUGUCAAUGGCAUUUAGAGAGUUUGAUGGAGAUGACCGAUUUAAAGUUGCUAUCUUGUAUGGUGGAGACAAGGUGUUUUGUGCAGGUGCUGACUUGAAAAAGAUAUCUCUUGGUGAUGAGAGCCAAAUGAAUCGAUUGCAAGCAGAUGGAGAUGCUCCAAUGGGAUGUACAAGAAUGUUGCUCGGUAAACCUGUCAUUACUGGUAUAUCAGGAUACUGUGUGGCUGGAGGACUAGAACUUGCACUGUGGAGUGAUCUACGUGUUGCCAGUCGCGAUGCUAUCUUUGGAGUAUUUUGUCGUCGUUGGGGAGUCCCUCUUAUCGACGGCGGCACAGUUCGACUACCACGACUCGUCGGUCAUUCUCGUGCCAUGGAUCUCAUCCUUACAGGUAGACCUGUCACGGCAGAAGAAGCAUUCAAUAUAGGACUGGUCAAUCGAUUGGUAGACACUCCCAACCAAGUACUUGACAAAUGUAUAGAGUUGGCAAAAUUGAUUGGAUCAUUUCCCCAAAACUGUUUGCGGUCAGAUAGACUGUCAGUCUAUCAACAACACAACCUUUCACUCAACGAUGCACUAUCAAAUGAAUUUAAACUUGGGUAUCCCAGUCUCCAAAAAGAUGGAGUUGGUGGAUCAUCCAGAUUUGCUCAAGGAAUGGGUAGACAUGGAAAAUUCAUUGAAUCCAAGUUAUAA